UAAUACACUUUUAACUUUAAUUUGUUAUAAAUAAUAGAAAUAAAACAAAGCGAAAACGAAUAAUAUAAUAUAUAAUUUUUAAUAAAAAGAAAUUUCUAUAUUAUAAAAAGAAACAAAUCAAAGCAACAUCCAUGAGUAAGCACUUUGUCAGAAGAAAAAAAUCUUAAAUUUUAUUUUAUUAACCAUCCCCGGCGAGGAUACACAUUUUUAAAUUGCGACUUCCUUUACUGGAUGUUGCAUGAACUACUUAACCAUUUUGCUGUGCAAUCGUAAACCACCAACGAUGCUCUCACGCCGGAGCAAAGAUAAACAGACAGCACACAAAGAGGGCGUUGUGGGGAAGUAUGUCAAGAAGGAGACACCUCCCGAAAUACCCGUCAUAAAUGUUUGGUCUUUCGAUGAUCAACGUACGAAACAAAAAUCAAAGACUUUGCAGAGAUGUGCUUCGGCCUCGCCCAGUUGCGAUGGCGUUGGUGGUGUUGGUACUGUUAGUGGUAGGGGACGUUCGGGUAGUGUUAGUCGUAACACCUAUACCGAUACGCAGCCGGACUAUUAUCAUGCUCGUAGAGCGAAAUCUCAAUUACCACCCUCUACGAACUCAAUGCGUUCAACACUUCCUCAACCACCACUAUCUACACAGCCAACAAGGCGUAUGCCGCAGUAUCAACAGCAGCAUCAUCCAUCGCCCAUAACCUCACAUUCUUUUUAUUCGACCAACAAUUUGGAAAUGUCGCCGGGUCAUAGUCACAACAGCAACAACAACAAUAAUUUGAGCAGCAGUAGCAGCAAUUAUGUGAAUAUAGAACAGAUUGAUCGUAUGCGCCGUCAGCAAUCAUCUCCACUGCAGCAUUCUCAAUCUAGUUACUUUCAACGCAGCUAUUCGUCCAAUCAAAAGCAUGCCAAUUCAUUUGAUGGCCAUACUAAUAUGAUGAGAGAACGUUUGGAUUCGAUCCAGUCGAAUAUGUUGCAAUUGCCUAGGGGAGCUACACCAAGACCUCAAACACCACCUCAUCAUUAUCAACAACAACAGCAGCAACAUCAUCAGUUGCAACAGCAGCAACAACAACAUCAUCAGCAUCCUCCCUUAACACAAACCUACUCCUCCGAAUCGUGUCCCAUCUAUGAGAAUCCAUUUCGUGUGUCAAAUACUCUUCUACCGCCCUCCCUAACUAUGGCCGAAUCACAAAUGUCUUUGUCCACACAUGGCAAUCGUUCAGAGUCGCCUAUUUAUAGCAACACCACCUCAAUGGCCAGUAACAUAAAUCAUACUCAUCAUCAACAAUAUCAACAUUAUCAACCUCUACAGCAUCAAAUCCAUCAGCAAUCACAUCAUAAUUACAAUCAGAAUAACAAUUCUAAUUCAAACCAAAUGAUGUCUUCUUAUGAUCUCAGCUCACGUGCAACACCACAAUCCCUUAACCAAGCCAAUUCCUCAUCUUCCAUGCAGUCUUUGUAUCAGAAUACCAACGCCAAUAAUGCCGUUAACAAUGCCACCAAUAGUAACAAUCACACAUCAUCCUCAACCUCCACUAAUACCACAAACACUACCCAAUUACGCAAACAUCCUUCACAACAAUCGUUGGAGGAGGAAUUACCUUUGCCACCCGGCUGGGCUACUCACUACACUUUACACGGACGUAAAUAUUAUGUUGAUCAUAAUGCACACACAACCCACUGGUCCCAUCCUUUAGAACGUGAAGGCUUACCAGUAGGUUGGCGUACUGUCGUCUCCAAAGUUCAUGGUACCUACUAUGAGAAUCAAUAUACCGGACAGUGCCAACGCCAACAUCCUUGCCUUACAUCAUAUUAUGUUUAUACCACUUCGGCUGAGCCGCCAAAGGCGAUACGCCCAGAGACCUAUUCUCCACCAACACACACUCACAAUGCCCUGGUGCCGGCUAAUCCAUAUUUGCUGGAGGAAAUUCCCAAAUGGUUGGCUGUAUAUUCUGAGGCCGAUUCUUCAAAGGAUCAUAUGCUACAGUUUAAUAUGUUUAGUUUGCAAGAAUUGGAGUGUUUUGAUGGCAUGUUGGUGCGUUUGUUUAAACAAGAGUUGGGCACGAUUGUUGGAUUUUAUGAGCGUUAUAGACGAGCUCUAAUUUUGGAAAAGAAUCGUCGUGCCGAACAGGAACGUUACUUGCAAGAACUACAUGCUGCCGCAGUUGCCAAUGCUAACAAUGCCAACAAUAACUUAAAUCCUAAUACAGGUGUUGUUAAUCACAUAAGUCAACAGCAACUCUAAACAUACAUGAUUGCAAACAUACUUUGUAUGUACAUAUUUACAAUAAAAAAAAACAACAAAACACAUCCUCGCUCAUUUGCAGACUUUGUUUAUAAUUUUAUUUAAAAUA